AUGGACCUUUCACCAGACGAAGAAAACUUCCAAGGCCGGCUCCUGCAUCAGGCGGCUCUGUGGGAUAACCUGGACCUCCUACAGGAGCUGGUGGCGGGCGGCGCGGAGGUGGACGCGCGCGACCAGCACUUGCGGAGUGCACUGCACGCCGCCGCCCUCGGCGAGCGCAGCCAGUGCUUGCGUGCACUGUGCGCUGCGGGUGCUGACGUGGACGCCAGGUCCGACCAUGAGACUGGUGGAAAGACAGCACUCCACAUAGCAGCAGAGCGUGGUCAUGUGGAGAAUAUCAAAGCUCUCCUGGCGGCGGGGGCUGACCUCUCCAUCUUGACGGCCGACGGUGACACGGCGGUGGCUCUGGCCGAGCGUGGGCGACACCGACACGCCGCACUCGCCCUUAGAGAAGCUAAAGGUAUAACUCACAAACCAACCCCCUCCCCCCACUCCCCCGCGCCCGCCGGC